AUGGCAUCGACAGGACCUUUAAUAAGCGCUAAAUUUGAUCCAACAAAUACUUAUUUAGCAUCGGGAGUUAUUGCAUUAGAUACACAUCAGGUUAGAGUACAAUCUAUAAACCCAUCACAAUCAUCGUUAAAUUCAUCUUUCAAUUUAGACAAAUCGUCAAGAUUGACAGCCUUAUCAUGGAUACCAUAUACUGAGAACCAGCUCAUCGCCAUAGGAUUAAGUAAGGGAUCGAUUCUUGUAUAUUCCCCUUUAACCAAUGAAAUAAUAUCUGAAUUAGUUACACCAACUAACUUGUCGAUCCAAGAUUUCCAUUACUCCAAACUAACUCAGAGUGGUUGGUCUUGUGAUAUUGGUGGAAAUAUUCACGAAUGGGAUUUAACAAGCUUUAAGUUAUUACAAACCUUUGCCAUUAAUGACUUGUUAGAGUCGUCUGAAAACAUUUCUAGAAUCUCAACCGUGCUUUAUGAAGAAAAAGCCCAUUUAUUGGUCGGUUCUCAUUCAGUUUACCUUAUAGAUAUCCAAGAGAGACAAAUCCUCAAAACUUUCCCUGCUCAUGUUCAGCCAAUAGAUACAAUUUAUCCAAUUCCAAGCAAUAAUGAUUUAUUCCUUACAAGUGCUGUCGAUGACAGAUUCAUUAAUUUAUAUUCGAUUUCCAAGCAGAAUACAAAAGCUGUAUUUGUGGCUCAAGCAUCUAUUUUGGAUAUGGCCCUUGGAAUAAAGAAUGAAAAUACUUCAGUUCUAGUAAUGCUUACUGAGAAUGGCACAUUAGAAGUUUUUAAUAAUCCAUUAUCAAAUGAUGCACCUGUUUCGGCAAACGUGCAUUCUAAAAAGAAGAGAAGACAACAAUUAUCUACUGUUCAGUCCCGUUCUUCUAAUGCAUCUGUUAAAUUGGCCAGACCACAAGAUGAAAUCAAAAGCGGCGUAGACAUGAGUUUAUCCAUAACUGCAGUAUCCGUAAAUGAUGAUUCUAUUGUUUUAUCAUGGCUAGAAAAUGCUAAUUUACUGUACUUUGAAUCUAUUAAAUGGUUGAACGAAUCAGGCGAAGUGAUUUUAACAAACUCAGUUACUAUUGAAAAAUCGAAACCAGAUUUGAAAACUACAAGCCAUUCUGAUUAUGGUCAUGAUAUUGCAGCAUCCAAACAUUAUAAUGAAGGUAACGCGAUUGUCACUGAUGGUUCAAAUUUCAAAGAUUUGGAUAAUGAAAGUGACGAAAAUGACGAUGAAGAGGAAGAGACAUUAGCAGAAAAAUUGGAAAAGUUAUCUACAGACCAAAAACCAAAGCAAGCUAAUCCAAAUAAAAGAAAAUUAGGCAGUAAGAAUGCUCCUGCAACGUUGACUAUUGUUCUUUCUCAAUCGUUAAAGAGUAAUGAUCACUCAUUAUUAGAAACUGUUUUAAGUAACCGUGAUCCUCAUGUUAUUCAAAGUACUAUUAGUAGAUUGGACUCGUCAUUAGCUGUCAUCUUAUUAGACAGAUUGGCUGAAAGAAUUACCCGUCAAACAUCUAGAUUUGACCAAUUGAACUAUUGGUUGAAAUGGAUCAUAAUCAUUCAUGGUGGUGUUUUAACAUCUUUCCCAAACUUGAAUAUUAAGUUAUCAAACUUGCAUGCAAUCUUAUCUAAAAAGGCAGAUACAUUACCCAGAUUAUUGGAAUUACAAGGAAGAUUAAAUAUGUUAUACCAACAGAAUGAUUUGAAGAAAGAGAUUCUCAGGGACGAUUUCAAUGACGAUUCUGACAAUGGUGAAAGUGAUGUGGAAUAUGUUGAAGAAUUAGACGAUGCCGAGUUACUUCAAAAUGGUCAGGAUGAAAGCGACGAUGAAAUGGAUAUCAUGGAUGGUCAAGAUGAUUAUAUGGAUUCUGAUAUUGCAAGUGGAAGAUCCAGUGAAAGUGAAAGCGAAAGCGAGAGUGAAGAUGAAGAUCCAAGAGAUUCCAUAAAGUCUGUUAUGGAUUUAGAAAAUCCUGAGGAUGAAGAAGCUUAUAGUGACGUAGAAAUUGCAGUGAAAAAUGAUGAUAUAUCUGAGGCCGAUGAAGAAGAUCAGUAA